GCGCAGGCGGUGGGGUCGUGGUGGAGCGGUGGGUGUUUGUUGCCUGUGUGAGGGGAGUGCUCUGCUGUGUGCCCCCUCUGCCUUCGGUCUGGGAAAAUGGGGUGCGCCAGCCCUCCCUGAGGAGAGUUGUGUGUCCCCUUCGUCUCCUCGGACGCUCGGCCCUGCGGCAGUAAUCCCGGUGUUAACUGUUUCACCAUUGAAUCACUGUACCAGUAAGAAGCAGAUAAUGACACUGGAACAGAGUCCAGCAACUUCCCUCAUUGACAGGACUAUGAAGAUGAGGAAGGAGAUUGAAGCCCGGAAGGUGGUCUUGGCCUGGGCACUCCUUAAUAUAUCCGUUGCGGGCAUGAUAUAUACUGAAAUGACUGGGAAACUCAUCAGCUCAUACUACAACAUCACAUACUGGCCACUCUGGUAUAUUGAACUUGUGUUUGCAUCUCUGUUCAGCCUCAAUGCCUUAUUUGAUUUCUGGUUGUACUUCAAAUACACAAUGGCACCGACGAGCUUGGUCGUGACUCCUGGCCAGCAGGCCCUGCUGGGUUUGCGGAAUGCAGCCAUACAAACAACUCCACCAUGUGACCUGGCGGCAAAGAAAGUCCCAUCUUCGACACCUUCUCCUCCAAUCCAGGGUCAAAGCGUGCUGAGUUACAGCCCAUCUCGCUCCCCUAGUGCCAGUCCAAAGUUUACUACCAGCUGUAUCACAGGGUACAGCCCUCAGCUACAGGCUCUGUCAAGCAGCAGCACUUCUUACGGCAGUGCUGUAACCCAUUCACCAAGCAGCAGCUACAAUAAGGUUUCCAGCUUCAGCCCCUCUCCUACUGGUUCACCAUACUACACGAGUUUUGGACCGAUGGAAAGCGGUGGGCUGAGGUCUCGUUACCGCUCUUCGCCCAUUCUGUAUAAUUCACCUAUUGGCCAAGAAGACUAUAUAACAGAACUCCAGACACUGGACACCUUUCUUCGAAAUGAAGAAGAGAAACAGCAGAGACUUCAACUAGGGAGUUCAGAUUCCAGCUCUCCUUCCAACAGCCCAACUUUCUGGAACUACAGCCGUUCCAUGGCAGACAGUGCACAGAUGCUGAGAAAGUUCCAGUAUCAGCUGGCUUGCAGGUCCCAGGCUCCAUCAGCGCACAAAGACGAAGCUGACCUGAGCUCAAAACAGGCUGCAGAAGAGGUUUGGGCACGGGUGACAAUGAACCGACAGCUCCUUGAUCACAUGGAUUCCUGGACUGCUAAGUUCAGAAACUGGAUUAAUGAAACUAUUCUAGUGCCACUUGUCCAAGAGAUCGAGUCUGUGAGCACUCAGCUGAGGCGAAUGGGUUGUCCAGAAUUGCAGAUUGGAGACGCCAGCAUCAGCAGUCUGAAGCAGGCAGCGCUUGUUAAAGCUCCUCUCAUUCCAACCCUGAAUGCUAUAGUGCAGUAUUUGGAUCUUACACCAAACCAGGAAUAUUUGGUUGAAAGGAUCAAAGAGCUUUCUCAGGGAGGAUGCAUGAGUUCAUUCCGAUGGAACAGAGGAGGGGAUUUCAAAGGCCGUAAGUGGGACACCGACUUGCCCACUGACUCCUCUAUCAUUAUGCAUGUGUUCUGCACUUACCUCGACUCCAGGCUGCCACCUCACCCCAAGUAUCCCGAUGGCAAAACCUUCACUUCCCAACACUUCCUUCAAACACCAGAUAAACCAGACACUUCAAAUGAAAAUGUGUUUUGCAUCUACCAAAGCAGCAUCAAUCCACCCCACUACGAGCUGAUCUACCAGCGCCAUGUCUACAACCUGCCCAAGGGCAGAAACAACAUGUUCCAUACCUUGCUGAUGUUUCUGUAUAUCAUAAAGACAAAAGAAUCUGGGAUGCUGGGGCGGGUAAAUCUUGGCUUAUCGGGAGUCAAUAUUCUGUGGAUUUUUGGAGAGUGACAUCUCCAGUGGGAUGCUGGCGAACAUCAGAGGAACAGUUUCUGCUGGCGAAACAAACUGAGCAGCGUUGCGACGUUGUUGACUUAAACACAGACUUACUAUGAAAUAGGAUAAUUUAAGCUCUGCUUUGUGGGCAGAGGGGAAGUGUUUGUAAUUCCCACGCGGGUUUUAUGAAGGUAUUUAAAACAUGUCACUGUCGAAACACUAUGCAUACAGACACCAGGCAGGUUCUUCCAGCUCCUCACCCAUUUUAAAAAGCCUUUUGCUGUUUCAUGUAUUUGUUGGUGUCGUCACCCUUUAGCUGAGCCUAACUGAUCUCAGGACUAAACUACAGCCACCUUUGAGGGUUUUUUUCUGGAACAGUUCUCCCAAGGUUGUGCAAAGCCAUGAGUCACCUGUUGCUUAGAAAGAUACAGCGAUCUGCUCAACUUCAGGAUCCCAGAAGUUCCAGAUGAACAUGAGAAAAGCCAAAUCAAGAAGUUUAGACUUGUUUUGCUUCAUUGUGUUACAUACAAUUAAAAAAAAAAAGUGUGUUUUUUUUUAAUCCAUGGCUUUUAGUGUAAGUGGGUUUUCUGACCCCACUGGCUGCAUUGGGUGACUGUGCUGCAGGUGUAAAGAAAAGAGAAAACAGUGUCUGACCUGCUAGUUUCAGUAAAUAAGAUUUUUAAAUUUUAUUUUCAUUUUUUAUUUUGUACAAAAUAAGCAUGCCAUCCAACUUCGGCAGUCUUGCGAGCUCUGAUGUACCAGGUACCCUCUGUACAGCUACAGCAUCCCCCUGCCUUUUGCUUUUUCUUUUUUUUUUUUACUGCUCCCAUCAGCUUCUUCUUGCUAGUAACCUCUUCUUUUGGGAGCCUCACAGACUGGCACGUGGCUUCAGCACUUCAGCAGGAGAUCGGGAUGUAUAAACACGCAGGCUUUUUAAGUCCCUGCUUUUGGAGCUCUACUUUUUUUUGGAGGGAAAGCACUUGGAUUUGCUUCAAAGAAAGGGGUUGUCUGAUACUUGCUAAAAAAAAUUUUUGUAUAUAAGGAUGAAGGGGAGAAUCUGUUGUAAAUUCUGACAAAUGAGCAUGUUAAAGUGUAUAUAAUUAGUUUUAGUUAUUUUUUUAAAGGGAGGUAAAAAUUUCUAAGCCCGGAGAUGCUGAAGAUCUUUGCGAGCUGGAGAUGAGGGUGUUGGCUUGUUCCCCUUGCUCUGGUUGUAAACUGCCCCCCAAAAAACUCACUGGCAUUGAAAAGACAUGACAAUUAUGCUGGCUUGUUACCAGGGGCGUGAACACCACGUGUUUUCUUCUGAAAAUGUAUUUUUGUACUGUAUUUUUUGCUGCCAGAAGAACUUGUAGCAUUCUCCAGACCGGUGCUUUUGCUUUUUAUCUGGGGGGGUGGGGGGUGGGGAGCUGCUGGUUUUCAGUGUGAACCAACUGCUACUGGCAACUGGGUUUUUCCAAGGGAUGGUUGCAAAAUGGCUCCUUUUGUUCCUGUAUUAAAUGAGUUUGUUUUAUCAAA